GUUCUUUCUUCAGCGUUGCAUGUUUUUCCACCAACAGACGAUAUUACGUUCUAGCUAGGAAAACAGAAUUCAAUAAAGAGUGGAUAGCUCGUUGUAUCACUAUGGAGUCCUACGAUAUAAUAGCAAAUCAGCCUGUGGUGAUUGAUAAUAGUUGAUCAGGCUGAUUGUGGCCUGUGGAAUGUUGUCCCACUCCUCUACAAUGGUUGAAUGAAGUUUCUGGAUAUUGGCGGGAACUGGAGCAAGCUGUUGUACAUAUCGAUCCAGAGCAUGCCAAACUUGCUCAAUGGGUGACAUGUUUGGGCUCUGGUGUUGUUAAAGCUGGUUUUGCAGGAGACCAGAUCCCCAAAUACUGCUUUCCAAACUAUGUGGGUCGUCCCAAGCAUGUUCGGGUGAUGGCAGGUGCGCUGGAGGGAGAUCUCUUCAUUGGCCCAAAAGCAGAGGAACACAGGGGACUUCUGUCUGUGCGGUACCCUAUGGAGCAUGGUAUUGUUAAGGACUGGAAUGACAUGGAGCGCAUCUGGCAAUAUGUGUACUCUAAGGAGCAACUACAGACCUUCUCUGAAGAGCAUCCUGUGCUUUUAACAGAGGCCCCCUUAAACCCAAGUAAAAACCGUGAGCGUGCAGCAGAGGUGUUCUUUGAGACCUUCAAUGUACCAGCGCUCUUCAUCUCCAUGCAGGCAGUAUUAAGCUUAUAUGCCACAGGGCGGACAACAGGAGUGGUGCUGGAUGCUGGUGAUGGGGUAACCCAUGCUGUGCCCAUCUAUGAAGGCUUUGCCAUCCCUCACUCUAUCAUGCGGGUGGACAUUGCUGGGCGGGAUGUCUCACGCUACCUACGCCUGCUACUGCGCAAGGAAGGCUAUGACUUCCACACUUCAGCUGAGUUUGAGGUUGUGCGGACUAUCAAAGAGAGAGCAUGCUACCUAUCUCUGAACCCACAGAAAGAUGAAACCUUGGAGACGGAGAAGGCACAGUACACUCUUCCUGAUGGCAGCACAUUGGAUAUUGGCCCUGCUCGAUUCCGAGCUCCAGAGCUUCUCUUCCGUCCAGACCUGAUAGGGGACGAGAGUGAAGGAAUCCACGAGGUUCUGGCUUUUGCCAUUCAGAAGUCAGACAUGGACCUGCGACGUACACUCUUUUCCAACAUUGUCCUCUCUGGGGGCUCCACUCUCCUCAAAGGUUUUGGUGAUCGAUUGUUAAGUGAAGUGAAAAAGUUGGCACCCAAAGAUGUGAAAAUAAAGAUCUCUGCACCCCAAGAACGACUCUACUCCACGUGGAUAGGGGGCUCCAUCCUUGCGUCACUGGACACCUUCAAGAAGAUGUGGGUGUCAAAGAAGGAGUAUGAGGAAGACCGAGCACGUGCCAUCCAUCGGAAGACCUUCUGAAGAGGUGGGCGGUGCUCCUAUUAUGCCCAAAAACCUCUGGUUCAAGUCCACCAACUACUCAACUACACCCCCUUCCCCAUUACCCCUAUGAUAAGGAGAGUUCAUGGCUCCCUAUGGCAUGCCUUCUACAGACUCCCCUCCACACGCCAAAUGACGGGGACACUGGCCAGGACUGGCAAAGUGUUGGGCAGCCAUUACCAGACAGACCCAGAACCUGUCCCAAUGACAAGGCUUUAUGUUGCAUCUCUUGAUAUUGUGGACUUUCCUUAUUUUUAAGGUUUAAGCAAAUUCUGUAUUUAUUCUACGAUUUGUUAUGCCCCAUAUGAAAUGGAUCAUAAAAUUCUUAACUUAAAUGGCAAUGAAGGGGAACGUUCUGCUUUACUUUGAUGUAUAGAUUCAAUUAAGAGAUGUGUUUUUACCUUUUGGGUUUUGUUACUGUGGCACAUUAAACAUAGUGUGCAAAGACACCUUAAGAACUACUUGUUAUAAAGUUAUUUCUUUAUUUCCCA